UAUCUGAAAUCUUUUAAUCCCGGCAGGCCUAUUUAUCUGAAACCACAACCUCCGCUUGAGGUUCUGCCGGGAGAUAAAAAAAACAAAAACAAAAAUAAAAAAAUCUCAACGGCUUUGAUCGCAGCAUUUACAAAUAUUCGAAAUGGCAGCAGCGUUUUUGACUCUUGGCGGUUUCUUUUUAUCGUUAUUAGCUAUAGUGGCUCCACAGGUUGGAGCCCAUGUGGCUGUCUUUGAUAGCUACUGGAUGCAACGUAAAACCGAUGCAUUAAAACAAACAUUUGGCUCUUACGAUCCUAAUCCACUUAACGUCACCAACCACUUUAAUUACCAUGUCAAUUUAGCUGUGGAUGCCACGGAAUCAAUAAACGAUACAAGGAGAGAGCUUACACAGGUAAGAAGUCGUCGAAAAUUGCAAAAACACGGCGGAAAAUGCGUAGCUUAUAACCCCAUAGACAAAUGCUGGCGAUGCGACCGUAACUGGGCAAAUAACCGGAAGAAACUAGCGGAGUGUGCUCUCGGAUUCGGCCGGAAAACCACAGGAGGAAAAGACGGACCGAUCUACGUUGUCACCGACGCGUCUGACAACGAUCUUAUUAACCCUAAACCAGGAACGUUAAGGUAUGCAGUAACUAGAGACGGACCCCUUUGGAUCAUAUUUGCAAGAAGCAUGAUCAUAAAACUGCAACAAGAAUUGAUGAUAACGAGCGACAAAACAAUCGAUGGAAGAGGAGCGAGGGUUUACAUCAUGGAAGGUGCUGGACUUACGCUGCAAUUUGUGAAUAAUGUGAUCAUACACAAUAUUUACGUCAAGCAAAUCGUUACUGGUAACGGUGGGUUGAUCAGAGACUCAGAGCAGCACAUAGGGCUAAGGACAAAAAGUGAUGGUGAUGGAAUCAGCUUGUUUGGAGCAACGAAUAUUUGGAUCGAUCAUGUCUCAAUGACAAGAUGUGAAGAUGGUAUGAUCGAUGCAAUUGACGGCUCCACCGCCGUAACUAUCUCCAAUAGUCAUUUCACCGACCACCAAGAGGUGAUGCUGUUUGGGGCGAGGGACGAACACGUGAUAGACAAGAAAAUGCAGAUAACGGUUGCGUUUAACCACUUUGGUAAGAGACUGGAACAGAGAAUGCCUCGUUGCAGAUUCGGAACGAUCCAUGUGGUGAACAAUGACUACACACAUUGGGAAAUGUAUGCAAUUGGUGGAAACAUGGACCCUACAAUCAUUAGUCAAGGAAACCGUUUCAUUGCUCCUCCUAACGAACAAGCCAAACAGAUAACAAAGAGAGAGUACACGCCAUUCGUUGAAUGGAAAUCAUGGAACUGGCAAUCAGAAGGAGAUUACUUCCUCAACGGAGCUUACUUUGUGCAAUCAGGAAAAGCAAAUGCGUGGAGCGCUAAACUGCAUAACCCGAUUCCAAGCAAGUUUGCAAUUCGACCUAAACCGGGAACGAUGGUCCGGAAACUUACCAUGGAAGCAGGAGUGCUUGGCUGCAAACACGGUAAAGAAUGCUGAUUACAACAAUACCAUUUUUUCCCCCUUCCAACAAAACAGACGAAGCUUUUGCUCUAUUUUAGCUUGUUGAUCAAGGAAAACAAUAUAAUGAGAGAAAGGAGAGAAAGCUUAAAGCAAAUUGUUUUUCUAUGAACGGUGUUUUGUAACUAACACUGCAUAUAUAAUGUUCGGAUUAUAUUAUUCUUAAUAGGAUUCAGGUUCCUUUU